GCACCAGGUGUGGCCACUAGCCUAUAUGAAGGCCCAAAAUUGUGUGUUCCUUUCUGCUCUGACAAUGGCAUGCCCAUUCGUGCGAGAUGUGGUGGAUGAAGAAGCACUUGUGCUGAGGAGAGCCUUCAGGCGAGAAAGGGUCUUCAGGGACCGGUUGGACCCACUGGCCUUCCCUGAUGACCAUCUAUAUGAAAGAUACAGGUUUUCUGCAGAUGGCAUCAGGUAUCUAUGCAGACUACUGGGUCCCAGGAUUAAGCACCGCACUGCACGGAGCCAUGCACUGAGUGUGGAGCAAAUGGUUUGUGUGGCCUUGCGCUUUUUUGCUAGUGGAGCCUUCCUGUACUCAGUGGGGGAUGCAGAACAGCUGAACAAGGCCACAAUUUGCCGCACAAUAAGGAGUGUGUGUCUGGCUAUCAAAGCAUUAGCAUUAGCAGAUGUCUUCAUCUCCUUCCCUGGCCACAGAAGACUCUGUGACAUCAAAGAGGAGUUCUAUAGGAUUGCAGAUGGUCUGCAAUGCUGACUGUGUGAUCAGCAAUGUUGUGGCAAAAUGGCCUGGCUCAGUCCAUGACUCCAGAAUCUUUCGGGCCUCUGAAAUCUAUCAGUGCCUAUCACAAGGUGAAUUCUCUGGUGUGUUGCUGGGAGACAGGGGGUAUGGCUGCCAUCCUUUUCUCCUGACACCUUUCACAGACCCCCAGGAAGCACAGCAGGCCUACAACCAUGCCCAUGCCAGGACCAGGGCCAGAGUUGAAAUGACCUUUGGCCUCCUGAAGGCACGCUUUCACUGCCUUCACAAAUUAAGGGUCAGCCCUGUUAGGGCAUGUGAUAUUACUGUGGCUUGUGCUGUCCUCCACAAUGUGGCCUGCCUGAGGAAGGAGAGGGCCCCCAAAGUGCCACCAGCCAUGGACUGGGACAAUCCGGCAAUCUUCCCUGAUGACGACAGUGGUCGGCUGCUGAGGGACCAAUAUGUGUUGAAUUAUUUUAGUUAGUAUGUGUGCUUUCAAUUUUGGUUAAAUAUGUCCUGCGGUGGCAGAGGAAUUUGGGUUUUUUUGGGUUCGUUUUUGACGAAUUUGGCCUCUUAUGAUGUUUGUGCGGUAUACUGUGUGUAAUACAAGGCUGCAGGGAGGCUACUGCAUCCAUUCAUUUGUCUGUUCAGUUGAUGUGUAUGGAUUUGUCCUGCAUUUAUUUUAGUGCGCAGACAUGCAGGGUGUGUUAUAUACAGACCUUUGAAUGUGUAUGUAUCAUUUUGUAUAAUAUGCUUGGAUUCUGUGCUUUCCAUCUUGUAGAGUCACUGUGACUUCAGUUUCGAAAGGAGCUGAUGGUUUACCUGCUUUGUUUUGUCCUUACUCAAUAAAGGAACAUAAUGUUACACAUUGUGUUUUUAUAUUCA